AUGAAGGAACUCUCACGAUUCCGCCCUAGCCGGCGCUCCCUACAAUUCGAGCAGUCGCUCCAAGACCACCCUGACGAGUUCUACGAGCUCCACUUUGCCAAUCUCUUCGUUGAAGUCAACGUCCUCGUUACAAAGGCAUUCUGCCAGCCCACCAAACCCAAGUCCGCACCAUGGUUACAAGAGCACCCAGGCCAGUUCAUCAAAUACGUGGAACUGCUGGCACGCCCCGAUCGCCACGCCGGAAGAUGGGAUAGGUUGCUUCGCGACAAAACGGAACGAGGCUUCCUCCUCCAGGCCACCCUUAUGAAGAUCAUCGACGCCAAGGUCUUCUCAAGUCUGCUUUUCGGUGCCGAUCCUGAACACCUGAGCAUUCUGCAGUCGACCGAUGCUUCGAUGGCUAAUGAAGAAGGAUUCAAACGGAGCAUUGAUCGUGCGAAAACAAAUCGCGUGUAUCUGAACGCAAAACGUGGACAGCCCCCCCUCUUUUGGGAGGACGUCGACAAACUAUGCACCCAGGUAUUGGCCCUCUUAUUGCCCACGUUUACGUGGACGAGUGAUACACCAGAGUCGCAAACACCUUCGGUCCAAGUCCUGUACCAGUGGCUUCACGAUGUGAUUGCGUACGCCGGCUGGCUCAAUGUCUGUACUCGGUUCUCACCUGCCAUCCUCACAUUCGACUGGGUCAAGCCUGGUGAGAGGUACCACGUGGACCAAGUCAAUCUCUCCCAGGAAGUGUUCGAGUACUCCAAAGGCAGGGCACUGAGUUGGGCCGCAAAGCGGAUGCCAACUGGCAGCUGUAAGAUGACAGCGCGAGUAAAAAUCUCAGUGUCACCCGAGAUCAUUCGCUACAACCCCGCCACGGACGCGUUUGGGAGGGAAGGAAUAGCGAAUUACAGGAUAAUGGGGCCCCACGUCGUGUAUUACCAAGGACGGGAUCUAGAUCGGGACGAGGACAGAGGGUAUACAAGCCUUCCGGAAUAUAUCCACCGGCUGCGUGAUCAGAAGACAGUUCCUCAUGGUGCAGCCUUGGUUAUCAUGUUGGUCGCGAUACUUUGGCUGUGGGUUCCCCGUUAG